AUGGUUCCCUCCCCUCUCCACACGCUCGGUGGACUUGCGCAGGAUGGAACAAAGUGGAUCUCGCAACAGCAAACGGUGACCGAUCCCGCUCCGGCCUGCCAGCGAGGUGGAGUCUAG